AAAGUCUGAAACGGUUAGAUUUCAGGUUUUGCAAUUCCAAGAAAACAAAAGGGCAGAGAGGAAAGGGAAGAAGCAGAGGAGGCAGUUAGGACCCACGAAUGUUUCUCUUUCUCGCAUCCUCUGCUUUCGGACCGUUUCUCAGAGAAACAAAAACAACCCGAACUCUUUGGCCAAGUCCUCUUCCGCAGAUCUCGCAAUCCCAGAGGAGUAGGGAUAGGCCAUUGGUACGCCAACAACUUAACCCAAAAAUGGCUCUGAUUUCUUAUGAAUUCAAGUCAUUUUCCCUUCCUUUUUUCCUCCCUCACAUAAUGGAGAACACCCUCUUGAGCUGGUGGACGUAGGGGUUCCAUUUCCCCCUUGCUGAGCCCAUUUCCCGAUCGGGGUCGAUCUCUGUUGCUUUUGCUUCUCUGAUCGAUGCUGUCGGGAUUUGGUGGUUCAUGGGUUGCAUUAGUUCCAAGCAGGUUACUAAGGCGACAAAAUCUCCCGUCCGCAAACGCCGUGCCACCACCACCGCCACUGCCACCGUCGCCGCAAAUGGCGCUGCUGUGACCCUGGAUCCUUUGUCCAGAACGCACUCUGUGACGACGCUCGAUCAUGACAAUAAAGGGGAUAACAAAUCGGAUGAUCGGAAUCGAGAACUCAGAAAAUCUAAGAAAGAGAGCUCCCAAGGGGUGAAGGCUUCUCAUAGCCUCAAAUUAGGGGCUCCUCAGCGCAAUGUUGAAGCCGAGCAGGUUGCCGCAGGCUGGCCUUCUUGGCUCAGUAGUGCCGCCGGCGAGGCUGUUCACGGAUGGGUUCCUCUCCGAGCUGAUUCCUUCGAAAAGUUGGAGAAGAUUGGACAAGGUACAUACAGCAGCGUGUUCCGUGCGCGACAAGUUGAUACAGGGAGGAUGGUUGCCUUGAAGAAGGUUCGUUUCGACAAUUUCCAACCAGAGAGCAUUAGAUUUAUGGCACGAGAAAUCAUGAUUUUGCGCAGGCUCGAUCACCCAAACAUCAUGCACUUAGAAGGCAUAAUUACUUCCAAAAUGUCUAGCAGCAUUUACCUUGUAUUUGAAUACAUGGAACAUGAUCUUGCAGGCCUUGUGUCUUGUCCUGAUAUCGAAUUCAGUGAGGCACAGGUCAAGUGUUAUAUGAGACAGCUUCUAUCUGCAAUUGAGCAUUGCCACCUUCGGGGUAUAAUGCAUAGGGACAUUAAAGCAUCCAAUAUUUUGGUAAACAAUGAAGGAAUUCUCAAGUUGGCAGAUUUUGGAUUAGCAAAUGUCAUAAACACAAGAAACAAGCAAGUGCUAACAAGUCGAGUGGUAACCUUAUGGUAUCGACCUCCCGAGCUUCUGAUGGGUUCGACUGAUUAUGGAUUAACCGUCGACCUUUGGAGCAUAGGAUGUGUAUUUGCAGAACUGCACCUGGGAAAACCCCUUCUUAAAGGAAGAACCGAGGUUGAACAAUUGCACAAAAUAUUCAAACUUUGCGGCUCCCCACUUGAAGAGUUCUGGAAGAAAACAAAGCUUCCUCAUGCAGCUAUGUUCAGACCCCAACAUGCAUAUGAAAGUUCCCUGAACGAAAAGUGUAAAGAUUUUACCCCAUCUGCAUUGAGCCUUUUGGAAACUUUUCUUGCCAUUGAACCUUACAAGCGCGGGACCGCCUCAUCUGCUCUCAUGUCUGAGUAUUUCAAAACGAAACCAUAUGCUUGCGAUCCAUCUACCUUGCCCAAGUAUCCACCAAACAAAGAAAUGGAUGCCAAAAACCGUGAAGAUGCACGAAGGAAGAAGGCAAAUGCAAGGACAAAAGAACCUGUACCAACACAAAGGGCUAGAAGAGUUAGAAGAAAUUUGCCAGAACUCAACGGCCAAAAAGUGCAAGCAAAAGAGGAUGGAGAAGAAAACAUUCAACCUUCUAGGCGGAACAAUGGCAGCAAUCAUUCCAAUGAACAAGGUGACGUUUUCCAGAGAGAGUCGCAGAAGCCACCAUAUGAUACAACAUCGGAAGCUGCCGCUGCAACUGCACCAAAUCAGAUAGGAGACAGCGCAUUCACAGCCCCAAUUCCACUCUCAGCGUCUAGCGGCUUUGCUUGGGUAAAGAAGCGGAAAGAGGAAGCUACAUCUACAAUAUCAGAUGGUCUUAAAAGCCAAAUAAGUGCUCUGGAUCCAUCUUUUGCAAAUUACACCCUUGAAUUCACAAGAAAAUACAAUGAACAUACGAAGAUUCCAGCCAAUUCAGUCACGCAGGACUAUGAAUUGCGAAAGCAGCAAAGGAGAGUACAUGAUUUUCCCGAGUCUUUUGAUGCAUCCGAAGAAUCAUUCUUGGAGAUGUCCAAUGAACUCUAUCCGAAACAACAAACCAUUGUCACAGCACAUCUGGACAACGAUGAUACGGAAUCACACAUUGAAUUCACAGGACCUCUGUUAACACAGCCCCAUAGAGUAGAUGAACUCCUGCAACGAAAUGAAAACCACAUCCGACGAGUAUCUCGGAAAUCCAGGUUCGAAAGAGAUAAAUAAUGCAUUCAUUUUCCGGUGCAAUAGUCAGAUGAUAGACGUACAUAAAAACCACACUUAGCAGCAGUUCCACAAUCUCAUGCCUGCGUCCACAAGGAGAGCUCAAAUUGACAUUUGCUACCCGACACCAAAAACAAGCCCACGGUAGUAGAAAAGAAGAAGCUUCCACAAAUAUUCAUACAUUUAUUUAAGAUGUUCAGACAAAUUGAAUGAAAAAUACCGUCGGAUGCAAUUGAUCAAAUUA